UAUUAUAAAAAAAGGUAAACAUUUUUCGAUUUCACUAUAAAUGAAAUAACCUUGUCUGCUAUAAAUAAUAAACCACCUCUUAAAGAUUAAAAUUAAAAAAAAAACUUAAGUGGUACGAGAGGUUAAAGGCCGAGUUUUCCGACAAUAUCUGCUCAAUUUUUAUUAACAAGUGCAUAAAUAAACGUUCUUUGUGCGAACAAAUGUAAAUUGACACAGUGACACUUUUUUGUUACAUCAAAGAAGUUAAAGGGUGGUAUAGUGUAGUGCGGGGAUGUCUUCGCAAAACCCCUGGGAUGCUCAGGCAUCUCUCCAAAACGCCUCUCAGUUCAUUAGGAAUCAAAAUAUGGGAACACUAAACACCCCAGGCAGGGCUACGCCAGUGUUACCACCGAGGCCACUUACAAGUAGCCCUGCUGGAAAUUCAUAUAGUAUGAUGCCCUCCUAUUCUAUGUCCUCAUAUGGUGGUUCUCCUUAUGGUGGAGGUUACAGUUCAUAUGGUAUGCCUUAUAGAAGCAGCUUGUAUGGUUCAAACUAUGGUAGUUUUGGUGGUGGAUAUGGGAUGUAUAACUAUAAUAAUGCAUUUUCCCAUGAUGACCAUGAAAGAAGGUUUAUACACUAUGCAGAGGAGAGCUCUAGACAAACUUUUGCUAGUGUAGAAAGUGUUGUCAGGGCAUUUAAUAGUCUGGCAAUGAUGUUAGACAACACUUUCUUUGCAAUGACCAGCAGUUUUCGAGCAAUUCUUGGGGUGGCAGAAAAUUUUGGCCGCCUAAGAAGCAUGUUCGGUCAUAUUUGGUACUCGGUUAAUAUAUUCAGAUUUUUGACAUGGCUUUACAGAAAGUUCCGGCAGAUGUUAGGUCUAAAAGUCACAAAAAAUGCCACAUCAGUUGCAUGGAAGGAAGCCUCAAAAGAGGCAGGAUCUAAUUUGCCUUCUGGCACCCCAUCUGGAGGCUCCAGCUGGCCCACUUUGGCCUUCUUAGGGGUAAUUGUUAGUGCCCCCUACAUAAUUAGCAAGUUUUUGCCUAAAUAUGAAGACAAGUUGGAUAUGCAAAACUGGAAAUCACCUGGGAUACCUGCAAAAGCCUGUUUUGAUUUUAUUGCUACUAACCAAAAUGAAUUAACAAUACAUACAAAUGAUAAUAUUAUUCUUGCGCCAACAUAUUUGCAAGAAGAAAUGCAUUUGAGGAACACGGGGUGGGCAUAUGCAGUUCAUAAUGGUAAAAGUGGGGUAAUACCAUUGAAUUAUAUUGUUAUUAAUAAAAAUAACAAUAUGAAUGUGCCAGUGCAAAGAGCAAGUAACAUAAAAGAUACUAGCAAUGGGAAAACUCAUCAGAAGAAAGUCAGUUUUGGAAACAUAGAGAUUUUUGAUAGUGGUGAAGAGGGAAUAAGGAAGGAGUCAAUUCCAGUGGAGAAUGAGACAAAUAUGUUGCCUCAGAGUGACAGUACACCAAGUACACAAACAUAAGUUUGAGUGAGACUGUUAUUUUUUAUGUAUUUUUAAUCGAAUCAGUUAUGCUAACAAUUUUAAUGUAGUUUUAUUCAACUUUAAUUAUUGAUUAAUAAGAGGUUCAAAGUCAAUAGCCAGUAACAAUUAUUAAAUUCACAUUUUCCUGCAAGUUUUUAUUUUAAGGCAAUGCAAAAAACAUAAUUGUGAAUUUUAAUAUAUAAGACUGUCUACUUCUAGUUGUUGAUUACUUAUAAUUUAUAUUUUUUAUUGGUGCUUUUGAUAUUAUUUUGUAAAUAUUAACUGUUACAUAAUUUUUUUUUAAGAUUUAUAUUAUUGCUUAUGGCAUGGCAAAAUAAAGUUAUCUAUCAACAUA